AUGGACUCCCCAAGGCCAGGCGUCGACCUGGAGAAGGAGCUGACGUGCUCUGUAAGACUUGACGCCCCAAGGUCGAUCUAUGGAGCUUCCCGCUUACCCUAUGCGCAGAUUUGCACUGAGCUCCUCUACCAGCCCUUGACGCUCCUCGACUGUCUGCACACCUUCUGCGGCUCCUGUCUCAAACAUUGGUUCAGCUGGCAAGCGGCAGCGGCUUUGAAUUCACCAAACCCUCCAGCGCCGGGCACCCAGAUUGCAACAUGCCCGUCAUGCCGCGCGCUGGUCAGAGAAACUAAGCACAAUGCUACUGUUACCACCCUCCUCGAAAUGCUGCUUUCUGCGCACCCGGAAAAGGCGAGGUCAGCGGCCGAGGUGAAGGAAAUGGAGGAGAAGUACAAACAUGGGGACACGGUGCUCCCGCCCGUGCGGACGGUGGUGAGGUCUCGCGAAGAGCAGCGUUGGGAGGAUACGGAGAGACAGAUGCUGGAACGGGCGCGCGAGAUAAGUCUGCGAGACAACCGAGGCGAUUCACCCGGGCCAAGCCAUUCAAGACAACGAAGAGACUUGCGACUCCGGGAGGACAGGAGUCGUUCAGACAGAGACAGCAGUCGAGACUCGAGACGUGCUACUGGUCGGGAGAACCCAGCAAGAGGGGCGAGGGAUGAGGGACGCAGGCGCCGAACCGACUCGAAUGCAAGGUUACAACCUGACAGCUCAUCAUCGGACGAGAGGAGACAUGGACGCAGCGAAUCCCGGCAGAGGUCACGCGACUCGUCCAAUACCAGGAGCAGAGCUAUCGAACACCAGGCUUCAAUACGGUCUCUCAUUAGCUCCUCCGAUGUUGAUUCACUCGACUUCGAAAGAGAAAUUGAGGACUUUGCGCGUCAGAUCACUCAAGAAGGCCUUCUAGACGGCCUGGAUCUUGACAACAUCGACCUAACCCAGAACGACGAAUUGAGCAGAAAGAUCACGGAAGCAUACAGGAGACGCCAGGCCCAAAGGCAACGGCACGAAACAUCCGGGAGAAGCGGCACCAGUCAUCAAUCUCAUCGUUCCGACGUGGUCACCGAUACCGCCCGGUCGGCCAGUAGACAGAGGGCACGUUCGGCCCACACGAGAUCGUCAAUUUCAACCAACCAAUUGGACGAUCGAAGCCGACCCCCAAUUACCUCGACGCAUCUCCAAGUCCGCGCUGGCCCCGAGAGGCGGCGGAGGCGAACGUCGAGUUGUGGCCGCAGUGCAACAGAGCCGUUGCGGCCCAGUCCCGCAGAGGCUCGCCCAGCCGCGAGAUCCCAGACAGACUUGACCCUUCGAUCCCACACUUCUAGUUCCACGACCCGACGAGCCUCGUUUGCCGAGUCUAGGAGUUCCAGCAUGCCCACGGGGACCUCGGUGGGCCAAGGACAUACCUCGACGGGCGCCAACUUCGACGAGCGGAGUUCAGCCUCACAGGUUGUGCAAUCACCGCGAAUGGAGUUGGCGCCAGAGGUUUCUAGUAAAUCGCAGACCAAAUCGCGACCUACCAGUCUUCCUGUGCAUGCGGGUUCGCCCAUGCCAAGCCUGGGUUUGCCGCCGUCACCUGGUCGUCAGCGCACUACCAGGUCGCAAUUCUACCCAGAACCUUCGAUAACUUGUCGGCGGUGUGAUAAACCGCACAUCGAGUAUGAGCUUCACUACAACUGUUCGAAAUGCAUUGGGGGCGAAUGGAACAUCUGCCUGGACUGCUACCGAACCGGCCAAGGCUGUCUGCACUGGCUCGGCUUUGGGUACGCUGCAUUCAACAAGUGGGAAAAAUUGCGUGCCAGCGGUGAUGGGAACGUCCAAGCGCCACAUAUGUUGACGUCGAACCGAUACAAACCACCCAAGAUGACGCCUGGCGGUGCGGAUGGUCGGCGGACCAUGACGACAGAUGACCCGAUGAAUCGUUUAGAGAGUGGUAUGUUUUGCUCAAGAUGCUUCACGUGGGCGAACGAAUGCUUCUGGCGGUGCGAUUUCUGCAAUGAAGGCGACUGGGGGUUUUGCAAUAAAUGUGUCAACCAGGGACGCACUUGCACACACCCUCUCCUGCCCCUUACCUAUGUCCCGCCGCAUCUAAACACUCAGACUCCGCCAGCAAGUCCGCGGUCACUAAAACUACCGACGUCAGCCAGUCUCUACAGUGGACCAAACGCCAUCAAGAUUGGCAACUUCAGGCCGCUCACCUUUACGACGAUCUGCGGCGUUUGUCAGAUUGCCAUUCCGCCUACUCAGAACAGGUGCCAUUGUUACUCAUGCACUGGCACUGUCGGUUUGGAACCGCAGCCCGGGCACUAUGAAGUCUGUUUAGACUGCUAUACCAACCUCGUUAGCGACGGGCGUAUCUCUGCUGAAAACGGCCCGGAUGGCUGGAGACGAUGUCUAGACGGCCACCGGAUGGUGAUUAUCAACUAUCAGGACGGCAAGGGGGGCCAAACCCGCCAUAUCGAGCGAGACCUCGUCGGGGGCUGGGACUUGCACGCCGAGCCUUACGGGAGCCCAGACGCGUCUGCGCCUCUGCGGAAGUUGUGGUGGUACACCACGGACCAGUCGAGGCUGGAACGCCUUGUAACCUGUAACGUUGCGGCAACUUCUCCGUCGGGGCCGUCAUGGACGGAUGCCUUCCCUGCCGACGGAGGUGUGGCUGUUCGGGGAAGGGCCAAGUGGUCAUGGUAUCCGAAAGAAGGGUCCGACGACGAGCUUUUGUUUCCCAAGGGGGCGGAGAUCAGGGAGAUUGAGGAUGUGAAUGGGGGUUGGUUCUUUGGGUCUUACAUGGGUGCCAAGGGAUUGUUCCCUGCGCCGUAUGUUGGGCUGUUGGAGGCUUGA